AUGUCUUGGGCAGGCUUCAAAAAGAAUGUCAACCGGGCCACAACCCAGGUUAUGAUGAAGACAGGCCAUGUCGAGAAAACCAAUGAUCGAGACUAUGAAGUUGAGGAGAGACGGUACCGGACUAUGGAAUCGGCGUCGAUGCGGCUGCAGAAGGAGGCGAAGGGAUAUCUAGACUCCCUACGAGCUAUGACGGCCUCACAGAUGCGCAUUGCGGAGACCAUCGAUGCUUUCUACGGCGAUGCGGGGGCGAAGGAUGGAGUGAGCAGAAGUUACAAGCAGGCUGUUGAGGAUUUGGAUGCAGAGACUAUCAAGGCGCUCGAUGGACCAUAUCGUACGACUGUCUUGGACCCUAUAUCAAGAUUCUGCGCAUAUUUUCCAGACAUCAACGAAUGCAUCAAGAAGCGCAACCACAAACUCAUAGAUUACGAUGCUAUGCGAGCAAAGGUCAAGAAACUCGUCGAGAAGCCUGAUAAGGACGUAACCAAGCUCCCACGUGCAGAGAAGGAAGCCGAGAUGGCGAAGGCAGCAUACGAACAACUAAACGAGCAACUAUCCACCGAACUCCCUCAGGUCAUCGACCUCCGGGUACCGUAUCUCGACCCCUCCUUCGAAGCGCUGGUCAAGAUCCAACUGCGGUUCUGUGCCGAGGCAUACUCGCGGAUGGCGCAGGUGCAGCAGUAUUUGGAUGCCGAUACGAGAGAGCAGUAUGCGCAAGGACAACUGGAUUCGAGGGUUGAGGAGGUGCUACAGGAGAUUCGGGAGUUGAGCAUCAGUGGGACGGUUUAG